GCCUAUUGUUGACAAGGGCCUAUCUUAUUCCGGCGACAAUCAUUCGACACAAUUGUCGUCAUCGAUUAUGAAAGAUGAAGAAAGCUAAACGUCACCCUAUUUUUUUUUAGCUUCAUACCAGCGUAAGAACAACUUCUCUCGUCCGACAGCUGCCUAGUCUACCUGUAUCCGGCCCUGGAUUGGCUCAAAAAGGCCAAACAGUUGUAAGGACAGUUGUCAGGCCAUCCGAGGAUCCCGAGCGAGUAUUCACCUACUGUAUCACAUUUCCACUCCACCGUGAUGGCCUCACGAUAUAGUCCCCCGACCCCUCCAAACACCCUCCCUGCAACGCCCACGAUGCCAAUGCUCAGUCCCAUCCUCCUGAGCUGCCUUCUGGUAGCGGGUCUCUACGUGAUGUUCACCUGGCACAGCGCCGAAUCCGCGCUCUCCAACCCCUGGGUCCCGCCACCCGAGAUCGACCUCUUCGUGCAAUGCAUCAAGGGCAAUGAUUCCGAACUCGUAUCGUACGCAAGCGCGCUCAUUACCGCGACGCCGCUCCGCACAAGCGGGCGGCACAUCCUCGAUGCGGAUGAUAAACCCAUCAAGCUCGCGUCGGUGAAUUGGUACGGUGGGAGUGAUGAGCUCUUCGUGCCCUCGGGGCUGGAUAUACAGCACCGCUCUGCUAUCGCGAGGACGAUCCGGAAGUUGGGGUUUAAUAGUGUGCGAUUGCCUUAUUCAGACGAAAUGGUCGUUACCAACCCUCGCAUCCCCCCGUCAUUGCUCGCCGCGAACCCCGACCUCGUCAACCUCCGCGCCUUAGACAUCUUCGAAGCUGUGAUCAACGCCCUCACGGAGGAGGGUCUGGCGGUUGUGGUUAAUAACCAUAUUACGCAUGCGACGUGGUGCUGCGGCGCCAAUCCGUGCGAUGGGCUGUGGUACAACACGCACCUGCCGGCAUCCGCAUGUCGGAUCCACCAGUCCGAGUCGGGAUGGGUGGACAACUGGGUCACGGUUAUGGAACCGCAUGUGAACAAUCCCCUGGUCAUCGCUGCGGAUUUGAGGAAUGAGGUCAGGGCGCUUUGGGGGACGAUGAGUUGGGAGAGGUGGGCGAGGGCGGCGGAGAGGGCGGGGAAUAGGUUGUUGGGGAUGAGGAGCGAUUGGUUGAUUGUGGUUGGAGGAUUGGGCUCGCAGAAUUUCCUGAAUGAGGUGAGGGAGAGGCCAGUUAGGCUAGUGGUGCCGGGGAGGGUGGUGUAUUCGUCGCAUGUGUAUAGUUGGUCGGGGUGGGGGAGUCGGGAUGGCCGGUAUGCGAAAAGGCCGUAUGCGUCGUUUGUCAAGUCGAUGAGGGAGAAUUGGGGGUAUCUGGUUGAGGGGGACAUUGCGCCUGUGUGGGUUGGGGAGUUUGGAGCACCAGCGAAGCCGGGGGAGGGGGAUGCGAGAUACUGGCGCCACUUGAUGAGGUAUUUGAAGAAGAUUGAUGCGGAUUUCGCGUAUUGGGCUAUCAAUCCCAGGAAGCCAAGAGAUGACGACGAGGAGACGUAUUCGUUGGUGGAGGAUGAUUGGGAGACACCGGUGUUGGACUACAGGAUGAAAGAUAUGCUGGAGUUGAUGAAGAAAAAGCAUUGAGGCUUGCUUUUGUGGCUCGCUCUUCCUUCUAUGUGAGAGCUGAGGGAGUUACGGUUCUAAGGCAUGGAAGGUUCGCAUUUUGUACCACCGGACGACCUUACGAUUUGUGCUGGCUGGUGGGGAGAG